CCUUCAUUUCUGUAUAAACUUCAUAUGUGAUGAUUACAAAAUUGUUUUGACCGGAAGCAAAAUGUUUCGUACAAAUCCGAAAUACCGACGGUUAGAAAUGGUGAUAAAAGAUGAAGUUCCAGUACAGGCGGAGAUACGUGAACGCAUGGGAUCGUCGAUGGCACAAGUGUUUUUUGACCACGGUCAUCCAGAUUCGAGAAAGUUAUUGGGUGUGAUACCUCCAUUAAAAGGACCACGUGAAGAGCUCUGGAUAUCACCUAGUGACCAAUUGAUUCAAAAAGUUGCUCUUGUACCUCCGUUAACGAAUAAAUGCAUCAAAGCAUGUACUCACCAAGGAAUUUUAGGUAAACAGGCGAUGGAAAAAUAUGAACAUGAGUUGUACGACAAAAUGGUUAAGAAGUAUGAGGAGGAUAACAAAGACACCCGCAAUAUGUUUGAGGCCGAAAAACGAAGAGCUAUACAACUCGCGGAACAAGAACUCCAACUAAAGUAUGAGAAAUACAUACAAAACUUGCAAGAGGAGUUUAAGCAGAACCUCCAGGUUACAAUUACAUCUAUCAUUGCUCUCGCAGAAGCUUUUCAAAAAUGCUCUAAAUCGAUGCAAAAGGUAGUAAUUAGAGAGAGGAUUGAAGUGACGAAAAUGAUGUUGAAGAAGUUACGCGAUGAAAUAAGUUACGUCGUCACUUCUAUUUAUGAAAACUUCGAGCAUUCCAUACGCAUACAGAAAGAAAAUAUGGUUGCUGAUUUUAACGAAAUUAUCAGACGUGAGCGUGCAAAGACGGAUGUAAAAAUGAAAGAAAUGGAACGAAAUAAGAAUGAGGCUUUGCAAGUACAGCGACAUGAGCUCGAGAUGCAAAAUUUUGCUGAUGUUACUUAUGUUCUGUGCUUGGAGCGUAUGCGCGCCAGUUCCGAAAAGCAUGCAAUUCAUCUAGGUUUCGAGUAUGAUGAACACACGAAUUUUGUUGCAUUGGUACGUCGUCUGACCUUAUUGGGGUCUGAAGAAGAAAGGGCGUGGUUAGAUCAAUAUGGCAUCGUACUGGGUGAUCAGCUGAUCGUUUCAGUCACGGUUUUAGAUGAAUCUCAUCAAUUUACAGGAGUAGAAUCUUUCGUACAAGCGAAACAAAUCCAAGCUCUGAAGAAUAUGGUGAUAGAAGCAAACGAUAUUCUUCAAUUAAUGAAAACCGAAACUGCGGCUAAGGCAACUAACGACAAGUUAUGGGAAAAUAAGCUAAUAGAAGUUGUACGAGAAUUCCAAAAGUUCAUUAACUUUGCACUUCGAGCUGUACCGGGACAGGCAGAAUUUUUACUUUCGCUUGAAUCAUUAUUGAUACUGGAAGCUGACGAUAAACUACGUGAACAAACAAAACCCGAAAAGGAAGAGUCUGAGACAUUCCAGAUACAUGCUAAUCCUCAAAUUGAUAUUGUGGAAAUCAUCGAUCCCUCUGGAGAGAGGUGGUUACCUAUGGAGCUUAUUCCUAAUCUGCAGCCAAAACUUCAUUGUACAAAAGAACAGCUGAUGUCCUCAAUUGUUAAAUCAGAAAUUGAUUUAUGCUCGAACAAAGAGUAUAUUGUUGAUAAGGUUCGAAAGGCGUCGAUAAUAUCUCUGAAUAGCUACGAUUCGCUGCCGUUUUGCUUUUUGGAUCAAACUUUGUACGUUCGAUCUGAUUUUCGCGAGAAAAACGAACCGAUGACGAAGACAAUGUUACAGUUGGCUGCAGAAGGCUCGCGUUUUAUAAUGGAAAUGAAAAACCAGAAGCCUUGUAACCUGAAUACUACGGACAAUAGCAGGGCUUCCAUAUUAUCCUCAAAUACAUCGAAGAGUUCUUUAAGAAAUAAUUCAGUAGCGGAUACAAUUCCAGCGGUAGCUCCGGAAUACACAGUCUUGGAUCAAAAAUUGACUAAAUCUAUAUCCAUAAUGAAUCGUGCUAGUGAAACGUCAUCUCUGCAGUCAGCACACAUUAAUCAUGCACAAGAUAAUGCUUCGAUUCAUUCCAGUAAAAUGAACAGCAUUAGGAAUCAUUUGAAGAUGGCAGAUAACGUGAGUGUCAAUUUUGAAGACAGCGGACAGAUGUUUAAAGUUAUUGGCGAGGAUGGUAUCGAGCAUUUGCAAACACCAUCAGAUUUCACGUGCGCCCGAAUGCGUUCUUUAAUUCGUAUCUUUAAACUCCAUCCUAGUCUCCAGCAGAUAAUGAUACCAAAAGCAAACGAGGUGUUAUACUGACCGUUGGAAUUCAAAUCAAUGAAAGACGCUAUCUAUAGGCAGAAAAUAUAAUAUAGUAAUCGUGUUGUAUUCAAAUAUAAAAGUUUCUUUUUCAACGUACAUUAUAAUUUCUAAGAACUCAAUGUAGUAAAAGAAAAGUGUAAUACUUGCACGAAGUUUCCUGUCCGUUUAUAUUCGUAGACUUGGUUGUAACCGAGGCUGAAACUAUCAACUGAUCGCCCAUACGACGUCAUAUUGCUCAAGUCAUAGGCGCACUAUGUAUUCUAAUCAAGUUUUCGGUAUUUGAAUAAUAUUAAAUAAUCGUUUGACAGUAAGAUACAACGUCAUGAUCCUAAAAAUUAAUGCAAAUGUAAUAACAAUUUAUAUUAUUGCAUGUAUGUUUUUCAAUAAAAAGUACGUUUUCAAAAUUGAUAAGUAAAUGGUAAUAAAUUUGAGAAUAACUGAUUAGAAAAGUUAAUAUUUUAUAAUUUCGUUACUAUGUGAGAUUUGCCAUGCAUAAUGUUGGAAAAAAAAAAUUAAUUUUCACAAACGAGUGCCAACUAUUGCUAAAUUAAAUUUACCUUAUAAAUAUGACAAUGGAGCAAUACAACAGAUGAUAGAAAAUAAAUAUUUAAUCAUUUAUUACAGUGUGGCAUACUCAUAUUUUCUUCCUUCCGGCUUGUACUACCAAGUAUGAAAUAUAAUAGCCAAAAUCGUUUGCAAAUAAUAAUUAUUAUUAGAUUUUUCAAGUCAUUCGUUAUAAACAAAGUUAUUACAAUAUGUACAUCUGUGCGAAUAUAUGUAUAACGUUUCUACGCGUACGUAGUUGUGUCAGGUACGGUAUAGGUGCGUACAAAUCAGGCGACACGAGAAUACACUUAUUUCAAUAUAGAAAUAGCUCGGAAAUAGUCGUUUCAUUUUUGUGAACAAGGACUUGAUUGAAAGUAAAAUUUGCGACGGUGGCAAAAUCAGGAUUCUCUUACCACAGUGACGAAUCCAACUCAUACCAUACGUUAUUUCAUUUCUUUUCCCUAUCAUUUAUCAAAUACAAUGUUUUUUUUUUUUUUCAUUAUAAAAAUAUAAACGUAAUGCAUGUAUGAAUACAUAUAGCCAUAUAACGCGAAGUCAAAUAAGAGAAAAAACUCACUUUGUUCAUUUCAAAUAUUAAAUUGAAUAACCAAUGGUGAACUGACCACAGCUGAAAUUUGUUUCUACCAAGCACAUCUUAUUCUGACAUUCUUAUUGAACCAUCUGUUUGCUUAUUUGCCUCUGACGUGUAUUCGCAAUUGAUUCUGAGAAGUGUUUAUCAGUAUUCAGUAAUGAUAACGUAUCAAAAACCUUGAACGUUAUAGAAACAAACGAAGCUACAUUCAUUUCCAUCGCUUCAUUAAUCUGUUCACUGCAC